GCACUCCCCGCGGAGCACCCCCCGGGGCUCCGUCGCGCGGCCCCGCCCCCUUGACGCCACUUCCUGCGGGGACGCCGAGGCGCCGGUGCCGGUGCCGCGGCCCCUUUAAGGCCGGGCGCGCCAUGGUGCUGCUGCCGGGCGGCGCGGCGGGGCGCGGCCCCGCGGAGCCCCUCCCGAGGAUCGAGGACUGCCUGCCCCCGCUGGAGAGCUCCCCCUCCAAGCGGUUCUCCCCGUCCAAGCGCAAGCAGUACUACAUCAACAAGGCCGUCCGCAACUCGGACCUCAUCCCCAAGGCCAAGGGCCGCAAGAGCCUGCAGAGGCUGGAGAACACUCGGUACCUGAUGACGCUUCUGGAGCGAGACGAGUGCGGGAGCGACGAGGCAGAGCUCGCCCCCGCCGCCACCCCCGGCAUCUUCGCCGAGGCCUGCAACAACGAGACCUACGUGGAGAUCUGGAAUGACUUCAUGAACCGGUCGGGAGAAGAGCAAGAGCGAGUCCUGCUCUACCUGGAGGAGGAGGCCCGGAAGAAGCACGAGAGGAAGCUGCCUGUGAAGAACACGGAGAAGUGGAAAGAGCACCCUGCCUACACGCCCAAGGAGUGCUUCCAGCGCAUCAGCCGCCGCCUGCGCUCCACCCUGAAGCGGGGCAGGAUCCCCAUGGGGAUGCUGGAGGGCUUGGAGGAGGAGCUGCUGGCCUUCUUCUCGGUCACCCCUCACUCCGUCUACACGGCGCUGAUGGACAACAGCUUCGAGCGCCUCCUGCUCCACGCGCUCUGCCAGUACAUGGACCUCGUGUCUGCCAGUUCGGACAUCGAAGGCAAGCGCCAAAUGAAAGUGAGCAACAAGCACCGCGUCUUCCUGCCCCCCCAGCUCCUGCUCUCAGACUACCUGGGCCAGAUGAGCUGAUGGCGGGGGUCGGCCUGCCCCCCGCCCGGCGCCGAAGCCUUCUCUCGCCUGCCCCCGGCCCCGCUCCGUGUGCCCGCCGCGGGGCCGUGCUCCCGGGCCGUGUAUUUAUAACCGGGUGCUGGCUCCGUGGCGGCCGGGCCGGCCCCGCCGCUGCUGCCGGCGUUUGUGGGGCCGUUGGGGCCCGGCCACCCCAUGCGGAGCUGGAGCCACGGCCUGCGUGGAGGAGCGGGGCUGUUUUUAAUCGAAAUACAGCGUGGUUUUAGGUGUGGAAA